GAGGAGAAACAAGAGACGAGCCAUUUGGUGCAAGAAUGGAUGAGGAAGCUCAAAGAUGUUGUGUACCGUGCUGAUAACGUGUUCGAUGUUUUCGAAACCAAAGCUAAUGACGGCAAAGAUCAGCUGCUGCUGCUGCAGGGCGGGAUCGGUGACAGUUUAUGCAGAUAUUGGGCUCCAAAAUGGUUACGAGAAGGAAGAGACACACUCUUUUGUGUUGCCUUCAACUGUAAUUGGAAGAGACAAAGAUAAAGAGGAGAUGGUGAGAUCUUUGAUGUGGGAAUGCGACCGAGAGAAUGUGUCUAUCGCGGCCAUUGUUGGUAUUGGGGGACUGGGGAAGACUACUCUUGCGAAAAUGUUGUACAAUGACGAGAGGGUAGUGAGCUAUUUUCAGCUUAAGAUGUGGGUGUGGGCUUAUGGAAACUUCGAUGUGCGAUCAAUUGCUUCAAAGAUUUUGAGUACUGGCACUGCAGAUGAAUUACAAGAGUCGGAAUUUUCUCAUCUGCGAAAUGGUCCGCAGAAAAAAAUGCUUAUGGAAUUGAAGGAAUUGCAGAUUCUGCUUCGAAAGAAAUUGGAUGGGAAACUCUACCUACUUGUUCUUGACGAUGUAUGGAAUGAAAAUCGUAAUAGUUGGCUUCAGCUGAAUGAUUUGUUAAGUGGUGGUGCCAAGGGAAGCAAGAUUGUGGUAACAACUCGUAGCACCAAGGUUACCUCGGUUAUGGAUAUAGAUUCACCUUAUGUGCUGCAAGGUCUACGAGAGGAAGAGUGUUGGACAUUGUUCAAGAAAACGGCAUUCAGAAAAGGAAGGGAGGAGGAGAACCCAAUGUUGGUGCCAAUUGGAAGAAGAAUUGCAGACAAGUGCCAAGGCGUUCCUCUUGCAAUAAGGACUCUCGGAAGCUUGAUGAGAUACAAAACUAGCGAAAGCGAGUGGCUGGCAAUUCAAAAUAAAGAAAUUUGGGAGUUUCCGAAGGAGGAGAACGACAUUUUAGCAAUACUGAAGCUAAGCUAUGACCACAUGCCAGUUUAUUUGAAACAAUGCUUCUCCUACUGUGCCUUGUUCCCCAAGGGAUAUGAAAUCGAUAAAAAGUUGUUGAUCCAGCUGUGGAUAGCUCAAGGUUACAUUCACCCACCAAGUAAAGACAGCAACUUAGAAGAUAUCGGUGAUACAUAUUUCAAAGAAUUGUUAUGGAGGUCAUUGCUUCAAGAGGUUAAGAAAGACGUUGAUGGAAAUGUAAUUAGUUGCAAUAUGCAUGACCUUAUAAAGGAUCUUGCACGAGCAGUUGCAGGAUCCGAAUGCUCAAUUUGCAAUGUUGAUUCAGGAAACGUAUCUGAAAGAGUUCAUCAUGUUUCAUUUAGUCAAUAUCUGCCUUCCUCAUGGGAAGUUCCAACAACAUUGCUCAAAGCAAGGAAGGUAAGGACAUUUGUUUUACCACUUCAGUAUCAAACACAUAAGAUCUCCACCAGCCACAGUACAAUCAUUUCAAGUUUGAGGUGUCUGCGCGCAUUGGAUCUACAUAACCUAAGAACUAAGGAGCUUCCGGAUGUCAUAGGCAAGUUGACUCAUCUUAGGUAUCUUGAUCUCUCUGGUAAUGUUUGUCUGGUGGUACUGCCUGGUUCGAUAUGCAAUCUGCAGAAUCUGCAGACACUUAAACUCAAUCGGUGCUACAGGCUUAAGCACCUCCCUAGAAAUCUUGGGAAGAUGAUCAGCCUCAGACAUCUGGAGAUCAAUGGUUGCUGCAACUUGACCCACAUGCCGCCUGGGCUGGGAAAAUUGAUCUCUCUUCAGACAUUACCAAUAUUCGUCUUGUGCAAGAAGUCUCUUUCUUCUAGUGGACUAGACGAGUUGAGUGGCCUGAACUGUCUCAGAGGGAUGGUUCAUAUUGUUCAUUUAGAACAUGUCAAAAACGUUACAAGAGGGUCGAACAGAUCAAUCUUGAGCCAAAAGCAAUGUCUUCAGUCGUUAAAGUUAUCCUGGUGCAGAGAGGAGGACAACGGUUGUAAUGGAGAUGACAUAUUGUUGGAAGGCCUACGACCCCAUCAGAAUUUGAAGGCACUGCACAUAGCUGGGUAUUGCAGCAUUCAAUUCCCUAACUGGUUGAUGCCCAACACUGCAUUGUCUUUGCCAAGUCUAGUUGAAAUCACUAUUGAGGGUUGGAGCAGAUGCCAACAUCUUCCGCCAUUCGACCAACUGCCUUCUCUGAAAUUUCUCAAAAUCUACUCUUUAAGUAGUGUUGAGUACAUCAACAAUGGCGCCAACUGUUCUUCCACUACUCGUUUGGUUGAUGGGAAAAGAGAAGCAUUGUUUUUUCCCUCCUUGAAAGAGCUCGUACUUUAUGACUUGCCACUCUUGAAGGAAUGGCAAGCACAGAUAGUAAAAACAGACACCAUGGGAACAGGAAGUACGCCAAAACAUCAGUCGCUAUCAUUUCCUUCCCUCACCAAAUUAACUAUUAUGGACACCCCCAGUUUGCUGUCCAUGCCAAUGCUUCCACAAGUUGAAGAACUGAUUAUGGUCAAUGUCACUGAGAAGCUGCUCAAGUCAAUGGUGACAGUAGUAAAAGCAGCUCUGGAAAGCCCAACAGCCUCUUCCUCAUCCUCCUCCACCUCCCCCUCCUCCCUUGCUAUGUUGAAGUUUCUGAGAAUCCAGUCCUGCAACGAUCUCAUGUCUUUGCCUGAUAACGGGAUGCAUAACCUCACUUCUCUUGAGCUCCUAGAGAUUGUAGAUUGUGAAAAUUUGAAAUCUCUCCCUAAAGAAAUGCAUUGCAAGUGCACUUGGUCAGGAUUUAAGAAUGCAGAACUUUGCAUCGUCUAGUGACAAAAUGCUAAGGCAUCAGCUUCAGAGACGGUUGGGGAGGUUUAUACAACAUUGUUUUUUGAAUACAUUGCUGAGUGAUUCAUCAUAAAUAUUUUAUACGUCUAAUACU